AUGUUCUAUUUGUUUGUUCUUUCUUUCUUUCUUUCUUUCUUUCUUUCUUUCUUUCUUUCUUUCUUUCCUAAUCAUUUAAUUUACUUGUUUUCUUUUCCAUUCGAUUUUUUCUUUCUUUGUUUAUUUCUUUUUCUUUCGUUUUUCUUUCUCUCUUUCAUUCUUUCUUUCUUUCUUCAUUUUUUCUUCUUUAUUUCUUCCAUCCUUCCUACCUUUCUUUCUUUCUUUCUUUCUUUCUUUCUUUCUUUCUUUCUUAAUCAUCUCAUUCUCGCAUUUCUUCGUUUUAUAUUCCAUUCUCUUCGCUCUUUGCAUAAAAGUUUCUUUCAUUCUUUCUUUCAUUCUUUCUUUCUUUCUUUCUUUCUUUCAUUCUUUCUUCGCUCUUUCCAUAUUUCUUUCUUUCUUCCUUCCUUCCUUCCUUCCUUUCUUUCUUUCUUUCUUUCUUUCUUUCUUUUUGAAUCAUCUCAUUCUCGGAUUUCUUCCUUUUAUAUUCCAUUCUCUUUGCUAUUUCUUUCUUUUUCAAAUCAUUCUUUGAUUUUACCAAAUUUGUAUUCCAUUCUCUUCUUUCUUUCCAUACCAGGUUCACUCUUUCUUUCUCGUCUCAUCCGCCUGUUUCUCCUUUUUGUUAUUCCAUUUUUCUCUCUCUUUCCCUACCAGUUUCUUUCUUUCUUUCUUUCUUUCUUUCUUUCUUUCUUUCUUUCUUUCUUUCUUUCUUUCUUUCUCGUGUUAUUCUUUAGUUUCUCUUUUUCUUCUUCCAUUAUUCUGGCUCAUUCUAUUCUAAUUUCUUUUCUACUCACAUAUACACGCCUUCUCGGCUUAUCCCUCGUUUUACUUAUGUUCAUCUAUCUAUCUAUCUAUCUAUCUAUCUAUCUAUCUAUCUAUCUAUCUCUCUCUCUCUCUCUCUAUAUAUAUAUAUAUAUAUAUAUAUUCUUUCAAUAUAUUAUAUCUAGUCAUAUCAUUUCCGCACAACACAGAACCAGUGUUUGUAGAAAUACCCGAAGAUUAUAG